AUGGGCCACCUGCGCACCAAAACCAUGAGGAAGGCAGGCUGGGUCAUCAUUAAGAAACACUGCAUUCACCUGGGCAAUGACUUCCACACCAACAAACGCACAGGCAAGGGGACCACCAUUAUUCCCAGCGAGAAGCCACGCAAUAAGACAGCAGGCUAUGUCACACAUCUGAUGAAGCAGAUUCAGAGAGGCCUAGUUACCUCCAUCAAGCUUCAGGGGGAGGAGAGACAAAGGAUGAAUCAUUAUGUACCUGAGUUCUCAGCCUUGGAUCAGGAGAUGGCUGAAGUAGAUCCAGACACUAAGGAAAUGUUGAAACUUUUGAACUUGGGCAGUCUGUCCAAACCGUAGGUUACCCAGCCUACAGGUGGGAUGGAUUUCAAAACACCAUGUGGGGCCGUUUGA